GAGACGUUGAAAACAGAGCAAUUUUCAGUGUAAGACAUUGUUAUAUGGCCCAGGAUCAUGUGAAUUCACCUACCCUCUGCAAUAUACACAGAUAUAUCAGUCUCUGUUUUUUCAGUAUCAAACCAUGGCUACCACGAAAGAAGAUAGUAUGAGAGUUUUAAUGUUACCAUGGUUAGGCUACGGUCACAUCUCACCAUUCUUGGAGCUAGCCAAGAAGCUCUCCAGCAAAAACUUCUUCAUAUACUUUUGCUCAACCCCCAUUAACCUCACUUCCAUCGAAAACAAACUGUCACCAACUGAUCUUUCUUGCAUACAACUGGUUGAACUCAACUUACCUUCUUCCCCUGAACUCCCUCCAUAUUGUCACACUACUAAUGGCCUCCCAUCCCAUCUCCACCCUAAACUAUUCCAAGCAUUCGACGAGUCUAAACCCGAGUUCUCCAACAUUCUUGAAACUCUGAAACCUGAUCUUGUUAUCUAUGACAGCCAUCAGACAUGGGUUUCGGAAGUGUCAUCUUCCCAUCACAUUCCUGCAAUAUAUUUCCAUACUUCUAGUGCUACAUCAAAGUCUUUCUUUUACUAUGCUUUCAAGAACAGGGGAUCAGGCUUGCCUUUUCCUUCUUCGGUUGUUUCUCUUCGUCCUGUGGAGAUUCAGAAGAUGAUUGCUGCUGCUCCCAUUGAUGCUGGUAAAACAACUGAAGAUGAUGAUCCUUUUCUUUCUUGUAUUGCAAAGUCAUUCGGAUUCAUGCUUAUCAAAAGCUGUAAUGAUAUUGAGGAGAAGUAUAUCAAUUAUAUGUCUAUUUUGACAAACAAGAGAGUUGUACCUGUGGGUGUACUAAGUUAUCAUGAAGAAUGUGAGGAAGCUGAGAAUGAUAAAGAAAUGAUGGAAUGGCUAGACAGUAAAGAGAAGGCCUCGACUGUGUAUGUUUCUUUUGGGAGUGAGACUUUUCUGUCAGAGAAAGAGAUAGAAGAGUUGGCUUUUGGGCUUGAGAUUAGUAAUGUGAAUUUCAUAUGGGUUAUCAGGUUUCCAAAAGAGGCGGAAAAAAUCAAGAUUGAAGAGGUUUUGCCAGAAGGGUUCGUCAAUAGGGUGAAAGGUAGGGGAAUAAUUGUGGACGGUUGGGCGCCACAGGAUAAAAUAUUAGGACAUUCGAGUACAGGAGGUUUUGUUAGUCAUUGUGGGUGGAGUUCUGUCACGGAAAGUUUGAGUCAUGGGGUUCCGAUUAUCGGGCUCCCAAUGAACUUUGAUCAGCCAUUGAACUGCAGGAUGGUGGCUGAGCUCGGUGCUGGUUUGGAGAUUGAGAAAGAUGGUAAACUUGAAUUCGGAAGGACAGAGGUUGCUAGAGUUAUAAAAGAAGUAGUGAACGGAGAUAGUGCUGUGAUGAAAACGGCUAAAGAAUUGAGUGAGAAUAUUAAGAUGAAUGAAGCAGAGGUAAUUUCUGUUGCAGUUGAGGAGAUCAAAAAAGUCUGCGCCAAGAUUCAACAUUAGGCAAGAAGAGUAGGCAGAAAUCAUUUAUGUUGCUAUAAACAUAAAAUUUCAUUAUUUUCUUCUCGUUUGGGGCAGUACAAUGUUACGUUUCUGGGGUAUUAUCAUAGUUUAUAUGAGUAUGCUUUGUUUCUCAAACCGAUCAAUAAAUGUGAUUUCUUA